GUUGUGUAUUUACGAAAUGCAACAAUAGUUUAUUAGUUAUUGAAUCCUUUCUCUUUGAGCAAGUCCAAACAUAAUGUCCAAAUCAAAAUUUAUAUUCCUAUAUUAAAAAAUAAUUUUUUUUUAUCUGCUAGCAUAUUACAAUUUUUUUUUUUUUAUGUAAUUUAACUAGUUUAUACACACUUCUUUACAUGUUCAACAAGUUUAUGCUUAGAGGAAACUCUUACCUUCGAAAACUUUAGCACCAUAAUAAAUAUUCUAAUAAAAUAAAGGUAAUUGUUUGAUGAUAUAGAAGCAAUUAUCCAAUUUUAGUUUCAAUGUGAUUGAUUCUAGCCAGAAAGGAACUAAAUUAACUUUUGAAACAUUAAAAUUUUGCAAUAAUACGAAUUAAUAUUUGGGCAAAACGUGAAAUUUCAUUAAUACUUGUACUUUUCCUGAUAUAUAUUAAUCAUAAUGAAUGUGGCUUCUUUUUGCAAAAGUCAAUGAAUUGAUUUGGUACAUAUAUAUAUUUAUUAUGAAUUAAAGUUCCUCGUCUACGCCUUUUUCUUACUUAUUGCAAUUUAAAAUUACUACCAUAUCAAAUCUGUACGUCUCUGAGAUCUGCAAUUCUUCAAGUUACAACUGUAAAGUUUGAGUUUUUGAGUAAGGAGAAGACAGCCUAGUCAUGGAAAUUGUAGCAAAAUUGCAGAAACAGUUUAUGGAGUUCAUUUCAGCUUUGUACCGUGAGGGAUUCUUGGAUGAUCAGUUUCUUCAGCUACAGAAACUGCAAGAUGAGAGCAACCCAGAUUUUGUUUUUGAAGUAGUCUCACUUUUCUUUGAAGAUUCAGAAAAGCUAGUCAACAAUCUGGCAGCAGCUCUUCAACAACAGGUUGUGGAUUUUAAGCAAGUUGAUUCCCAUGUCCACCAGUUCAAGGGUAGCAGUUCUAGCAUAGGUGCACAAAGAGUAAAGAAUGCUUGUAUUGCUUUCAAAAACUUCUGUGAAGAGAAGAACAUGGAAGGAUGUGUGCAACGUCUGCAACAAGUGAAACAUGAAUACUUUCUUGUGAAGAGCAAACUUGAGACCUUGUUAAGGCUGGAGCAGCAAAUCCUGGCGGCUGGUGGUAGGAUUCCUGACCUGUCAUAGGUGCUAAUGAUUUGAACACCACUUACCUGAGACAAAGAUAGUAGAGACAAAAGUUGGCAUUACUAUGAGUUUCAAGAUUUCGUGACCUACUUCGAUUGCUUAUUCUAAUGUUGUAGAUGCAAAGGAUUUCCAUGUGAAUAACAGAUCUCCUACAUCAGAAUUCCUUUCACCUUUUAGUUGUUGAGCUUUUUUUCUCUUCAUGGUCAUCUCCCGUCAUCUGUUAAAUGCUUCAUUGCUUCAGACAUUAUUAAGUGCUAGAACUUCAGGCGUUCGUUCACCUUGUUAUAUUGUACAUGACAAUGUUGAUGCAUGUGGUAGCAUUUGUUUGACUGAUCUGUAUGUUGUUCAAUAAAUCAGCUUUUUAUAUAA